AUGCCGUCCGUUCGCGACCAGUACGCUCACAAGAUACUCUGCGAGUAUCAGGACCACGCGGUUCCUCCGACCCUCCCUUUCCCCGAACCCCCGAACCCUCUCAGACGUAUUUCAGACGAACCGAUCACCAUCGGCAUCAUCGGUGCAGGCGUGGCGGGACUGUUCACCGCGAUGCUCCUUGAGAAGGCGAUCAAGAACAAUGGCUUGAACAUUAGGUACGAAAUUUUGGAAGCCGAGCGCGCCGACGGGAGGCACCCUUUCGGCGGAAGGCUGUGGACUCACCGCUUUAGCGACUCGAGGAACGACUACUAUGACCGCGGGGCGAUGCGGUUCCCUGAUAUUCCUUGGAUGAAGCCUGUUAUGGAUCUCUUUACCGAACUCGGACUCGACAACGUCAAGAUUCCGUAUAUCAUGUCCGUCGAUGACAACAUCAACUUCUUCAACGGAGAACGCCUCACCAAUGCGCAACUACAAAUCAAAGGUCAGGCGAAGGAAUAUGACCCUUUUAGAACGCAGGUCAAGGGAAUCACCGGCACCGUCGACGAAAUGGUCAAAAGGCAGAUCGAACCCUUCAGAACUGCCUUGAAGGCCGACUUCGACAAGGGCUGGGCAGCUCUCAUGAAAUACGAUGCGUGGUCUACACGUGGAUACAUGCAUCUGCAUGGAACCGCUCCCUACGGCACUUAUGACGACCAGGUUAUUUCUUAUUUGGAGACCUUCGAUACAGGCACUGGUCUUUAUGAUCGGGCACUCUCGGAAACUGUGAUGGACUCGCUCGACUUUGACUACGAUGACGAUCAGACGUGGUACUGCAUCCAAGGUGGCUCCAGCGUUAUCGCCGAAGCGAUGGCACAGAGACUACCUCGAGAAAAAAUCGUCAACGGCAAGCGUGUUACGGCGAUUGCUCCUACCUCUGGGCACAACCUGAAUGUCACGAUAUCUGGAGAGCGCUCCCCUCGCACGUACUCCCAUGUCAUCUCGACCAUCCCGCUUUCGUGCCUCCGUAUGGUUGAUACUUCGCAAUGCAAUUUCUCGUGGGAUCUCCAGUCCGCUAUGCGCAGCCUGCGCUACGAUGCAGCCACUAAAGUUGGAAUCAAAUUCAAAGAGAGAUGGUGGGAACGGAUGGGACAGGUCGGCGGAGUGUCCAACACGGAUCGUCCGACGCGAGUUGUCGUCUAUCCUUCCUAUGGCAUUGGUGGCACCGACGCAACCAUGAUUGUUAGCUACACGUGGGCACAAGAUGCGUUGCGCUUUGGCGCAUUUUCCGGCAAUAACGACUCGGAGAAGGUUCUUCUGGACGUGAUCCUGAAGGAUCUCGCCGAUAUGCAUGACAUCAAGGAUCACAGCUAUCUCCAUGAACUGGUGUCUGAUUAUGAUGUUUGGUCCUGGUACGAUCAAGAAAACGCGGCAGGUGCGUUCUGUGCAUAUGCCCUCUUUGGUCCUGGACAGUUUACGCAACUCUAUCCCCAAAUCACUAAGCCUGCAGCCAACGGGAAGUUUCACUUUGCCGGGGAGGCCGCCAGUGUCCAUCAUGCCUGGGUGCUAGGUGCACUCAAUAGCGCUGCCAGAGCUGUUAAUGAACUUGUGAGCCUUGACAACAGAUCUCAAAUUUUACCAGUGUUCAGGUAUGCGUCAGGGUAUAUGUGA